AUGGAAGAUAAAGCUUUUUGCUAUGCCAUGGCUAACAAUAUUAUAACAAGCAAUUCCAAAAAAAGCAGUUUUAAAAUUUAUGACAGAUCUCCCAGGCAGUGUCUACCUGAGUUCCCUUAUUUAGCCAUUUAUUAUCCCCUUUUUGGCAGAGAAAAGAUUGAUAUCCUGGCUGGUAGAAACCAGCUUACAGAAGCCCAUAUCUACAAAGAACAAUUGCAUCUCCAAACUGGGGAGUCGAAACCACUUUCUCCUAAAACAAAAUUAGUUGACAGCAUUCAAAACAUACGAACCAAAGUUAGCAUUGAACUGCAUGACGGACUAGAAACACGUGGUACUGUGUGUCAGCGUCCCAUUAACCAAUGGCUUGGCCCCAGCGUAGACAGCCGGACGGGGGAUAUAAAAGUGAAGCAAGAUCUUGAUCGGGAAACCCUCUGCCAAAAGCACAGACAAUGCUGUGGUGUUGUUGAUUGUAGGAUCAAUGUGAACGUUGUUGUUAUUGAAACUCGCUCUAAAUCCUAUUGGAUUUCCCUUAAGUUGGUGGUCAAGGUUAAUGAUGUGAAUGAUAAUCGACCGUCUUUCUCCAGUGAUACUCAACGGGUGACUAUUCCAGAAAAUUCAGAAGUUGGAAAACUUAUAGGCCUACGACCAGCCGUAGAUUCUGAUGUUGAUCCACGGAACCAAAUAACGAGGUAUCAAUGGUCUGAACCGACAGAUACUUUCAGUCUAGACCAAUCCAAUCUUCCAGCUAUUCGACUGCGUUUAAAUGCACCAAUUGAUCGAGAAUUACGAGCUAAUUACUCUGGUAUUUUGUCUGCAUGCGAUAUUGAUUAUUGUACUUCAAUUGAAGUCCUGAUUGAGAUUGAAGAUGUGAACGAUAACUUCCCUACAUUCCCUAAUCGGCGAUAUCAAUUUACAGCUUUGGAAUCUUUCCCCCCUGGAAAUACAAUACUCAAAUUGAAUGCCUCUGAUGCAGAUUCAGGGGAAAAUGCCCGGAUAUUUUACUCUUUCCAUGAACUAGUUGAUCUAGAUCUUAUAGAUACUUUCGAAAUCGUCCCCAAUACUGGUGAAAUCAGGUUGCGUCGACCAUUGGAUGCUAAGAUUCGUGGGUAUUACAAUUUCAAGGUUGUUGCUUGCAAUACUGUGGCUACUGAAUGUACAGGAUACCCGGCCUCAAAUGUUGAAGUUCAGAUUGAUGUUAAGGAUGCCAAUGAUAAUCGACCUAUCAUUGAGAUUGUCCCCUCUGGAGAGAUGAGUAAAUUUCCUGAUGACCUCGUAGUACAAGAAAACGCCCCUCCCGGCCAAAUUGCUGUGGUCAGAGUUGAGGACGCUGAUAUUGGUGAAAAUGCUCGUACUUCUUGUGAUUUGGAUAGCCAGUCAGCCUUUGAAUUGACUCACAGUGCUCAAGAUUUGUAUUCCCUUCGAACCAUUAGAUCCUUUGAUUAUGAACAGGAGACACAAGUCACAACGACAAUUAGAUGUCAUGACUAUGGCAUCCCGCGAUUAAAUUCCACGCGAACAAUAAAUCUACGGAUUCAGGAUGUGAACGAAUAUCCACCAGAGUUUCCAAUGAGAGUUUACUCCGCCACAGUCAUGGAGAAUUCGCCUCCUGGUGUUGAAAUUACCAGUCUAGCAGCGGUGGAUAGGGAUGGUCAAGCAGAGCUGCAAUACACUUUAGCCCCUCCGCCUUUACAAGAAGGUGGAAGUAAGGACGUUAAUAAGCAUUUCAACCUCGACCCCAAAUCCGGAGUUCUUAGAACCAGUGGAGUGAGUUGUUCUCUUUGCUCUCUUCCAUAA